AUGACCACAUCUAUGGGUGUCCUCAUGUACGCCGAUCCAGAAUCGGGAAGGUCGAGUUCCAACUUUCCUCUGAUAUCGAACCUCGCUGCAAGCUGGAUGCUGGAAGGCAAGUCCCCGUUGCGAAUGGCGCCAAAGGAUCGGAUCGAGUAUCGACAACGAAUUGACCUCGACCAUUCAUCAUCAGGAACCAAACCGGAAACCACUGUCGACCUGACUAUCUUCAAGUUCCUCCUGCCAGACAUAACGAAUGGUGGAGUAGCGGCCGGCCCUCUAGUGGAGCCCUCACUCGCCGUCGGCCAACGGGCGCGCACCGCUUGGCGCCAGUGGAUAGUGCAGACAAUGUUCCCGAACUCUCGGGACCAACCGAGCCUUUCCAUUGGCCUUCCUACGGCCAGAAUUUCUCGGUUCCAAACUGUCGGGUCGUGGGAACCCUAA